AACACUACCUUACCUUUUGAAAGCAUAUUAGGGUUUACAGCAAGGAGAUCUUCAGGAAAUGUAUUUGUCAGGCAUUCGUUCAGGAUAAAACCUGGGUCUCAUUCUCUUCCCCCAGGCAUUCUGCUAUCAACUUAAACAGAAUCAAGCAUUAACCCUUAAGCACACUGCCACCCCAUCCUGCUGCAUGAAAAGCAAUCUCGAACAGAUGGACCAGGAGAUAUCCAGUGAUGCACCCAACUUCCAACAAAUUGAGCUAGAGGAGAUAUCCAGCAAAAUAUCAACUCUAGACAAAUGGAGAAAGAUCUUUAGUUUCCAUGGGUUGGAAAUCAGUCAUACAUCCCAACAGAAGUGUCAAGAUCACAAAUCUGAAGAUGACAAAGAGGAUGCAGCUGGAGCAGCACAAACUACAAGCUCCCUAAAACAGGACCGAUUUCCAUCCAGUAUUCUUUACCUAGUUCCCAAAGCUCUCACAGUCUCAUCAAACCUAGGAGGGCAGCCCAUCUCCCUGGAAAUGGCAGUGGGACUACGGAGGAUGCUAUUUGGAAGCACAUACCAUGUCUUCAGCUAUGAAUGGAAAAGAUCCUAUUUCAGAUUCCAUGAGCCACAUGCUGACCUGGCCUAUGCACUUGAGACCGAUAAGGGAGGAGCAACAGCAGUCCAGAUGGCCGUUCAGGUGAACAUCAUUAAAUACUUAUUGUUUGUACAGAACAAACAGGAAAACAUUCACCUUCAAAGUUUAUGUGAAAUAAGCCAAAAAGAACAAGAAAAGGCCCUUGCAGCAGCUGUGGCAGAUAUUCUGUGGACAGCAGGAGAAGGUCAGAAGGCUACUGUCUGUCUCAUCACCAGUGAUACUUAUUUUACUCCAAGUAUGGACUACAAAGUGGAUCAUUUUACUGAAAGAGUUCAGCUGUUUGACUUUUUUGAGAAAGAAACUACUGAGCAAUUUCUCUGUGAUCACAUACAUUGUUUGAACUGUGAAGGAAGUCAUGGGGUCAUCUUAUUCCUAUAUAGUUUACUUUUCUCAAGAACAUUUGAAAGGCUUCAGAAAGACCUCGACUUCACAACAACUCAUCUGUUACAGUGCAGGCUUGGAAAUUUCAGCUGUAGACAAGCAAUUCUGAACAUCAUUCUAACAGGCAGAGCAAGUCCACAUGUGUUUAAUGGGUUCCAGAAGCUUGACACUGAAGGCAGUGUGCAAAAGUUACUGCACGGAAUCUUGUCCCGCAGUGAUGUGGGCUAUUUACACUGGAGCAAAGAAGAAGUGGAGCAUUACAAACUCCCACAGGUUGGAAGCAUGCUGAAGACUCCUAAAUUGCCCAUCUGGUUGUGCAACAUCAAUGGGACCUAUAGUGUUCUUUUCAGUACUAACAGGUUGCUCUUGUCUGACUGGAAAAUGGAACAUCUUUUUGAUUUGUAUUUAUAUAAUGGGCGGCCCUCGCAGAAGACAACAGUGCAUCUAACAAUAGACACUCAUUCCCAUCAUUGGGAAGAAAAUCACUAUGAAGAGGACUGCGCUUCAGAAAAGAGAUUCCCUUCUGUGGAAAUGGCGAUCCGGACUAAAUGGGAGGGUGCAGCCAUCAACUGGAAUGGGGCUGCCCCAUUCUUCUGAGGAAUGAGACUGAGUGAAUGUGCUGUUUCCAGGGGCUCUCUCACCUGGACCCUUCGGGGGGGGGGGAGAUUUUGCCUUCAGUGGAUCCAAUGCUGAUUUAUCAACUGCUGUCGCAUUCUGCUGCACUGAGUGGGGAGUUUGGAUGAAAAAACCUUCAAGGCCCUUUUCAACCCUAACAUUCUAUUAUUCUGUUAUCAACCAGCUUGGACUACAGGCUUCCAUUCUAAACUGCAGGAAACAAAUGAGCUGUUCCCAAGCAAUUGUGAAGAAGAUAUAUUGGGAGGACGCAGUACAUAAAUGGAAAUGUAAUUGAUGUGUAAUUACUGAGGAAAUAAUGCCAAGCUGUUGGCAUCACUUCUAAUGUUAGAAAGUGACAGAAUCUAGUAAGGUACAACAAUGUUAUACAUUAAUGUGUUCUGCCUGUCUGAUUUCUGCUAUGGAAAAAUACUGCUAUUAAAAACCAAA